AUGGACCGUGGUUUGUCCCGUUGCGGUCGAAGCAUAUCGAAGAAUCGAGCCGUUCGUUCCCUGCACCAUCAUCAUCAUCAUUGUCGGUUGAGCUGGUUAGCGGGUAAGGACUCGGCCCAAUCGCGCAUCCCUCGACCCGACGGUGUGAGCAGCCGCAUUCCAGUGCCGGGAAGCUUUCGCGUACCGAACACCACCGUGCGGCUUCCUACGAAACGAACCGCACCAGCACCACAUCCACCAGCCACACCGAUAAGUUUUCUGCGGCCACCCUCGCAGAACCGGUCGGGAGCAAUAUCCAUCGCACGUUCCUAUUCCGGCGACAAACUGUUCAACGGUGAACCUACUCCGUUCCCGCUGUUGACCGCCUCUACGCCAGCACCUGCACAGCUGCGCCUCGGACAGGCAACUUCCAAAGCGAGUGGUUUACCGUUUCUGAAAAAGCUAGAACUGGUCGCUACCGGAACAACGGAAUGCCUGGAGGACAUUAAACUUUGCCAAAGGGAAUUCGCAAUCCCAAGUGACGAUGACGAGGAGGAUGGCGAGGUGACGCAGUGCAGACCUGGUGCGUCGGUCCAGAUGUUGGUUGAUGAAUCGCUCGAGCUAGUAGGAGCGAACAGUACGGACAAUCUGUUGGAUCCACCGACCACAGAGCUGCCGUGCAGUGAAGAAAACGCUACUGUCAUUAUCGCGAACAAGCAUGUGCCGAUGUACGCAAGGAAUGAACAUACCGUGACGUUGCAGCGUGAUGGAAACGUUACGUACGAGAUUCGGCGUAGCGGUACGUUCGUCAAGUCGUCCCGAGAGUCCUUGAGCUCGCCCCAGGAUCGGGUACGUCCGCCCGUUCUGAGCCAAACACACACACGAAGUCAUACCUCGCUGGCACCGAAUGCUGGCUGUGUGAUGAGCUUGACGAGAACAUUCCGCCGUGAAAGUACCGAAAGUAUCGAUUCUCCGGAGUUGGAUCUUACGCGUACCUUGCCGUUUCGACGGCCGUCCACCGGGGAGCUACUGAUAGACGAAGGCGGCAACCGACAUCGUCCACCGAUACUAAACUCGACGAUGGUGAACGAGCGGCUACUGAACGUUACGCAAAGCAUUCCGAACAUAACGCAAGAGCUGCUGUACGCGGACGUUGGCCACGAGCUUUGCCUGGUGCCUGGGGAUAGCGUGCUGAACAGAACGCAUUCGGUAGAGGAGCAGAAGCAAGGUUUUGGAGCUGACAGGCAAACGAAGUCCAAUCGGCUAACGUUCAAUCUAGAAGACUCGGUUAAUUUGAUGCAGUUUAGUGGUACGGUCGGUGCGGGUAGUAAGCAUGGGCAGACCCAAGUUUUUAGCUCAACGCUACACUCAGACUCGAUGGCCAUUCCGGCUGCUGGAAGUGUUGGUAGCAGUGGUAGUGUGCAAGUGAAACAAUUAGCGGGAAGUCAACAUAGUACUACCAUGCUGCUGAUGGACAUUAGUGCACAAGAUCGAACACUAGUUCCCUCCGAGCUAGAGCUCGAUCGAGAUCGAUUAAGCGACGAUGAGGAGCACGUGACCGGAGGAUAUUCCAUUGGCAGGAGAAAUAUAGAUCAGCGAGAGAUGAGCAUAGAGGCGGAUGUGAGUGCUGGGAAGGAAAUAUUCGACCUGAGUCUUGACGAACCAGAGCCAUGCUGUCUGGAUGACGCUCAGCAGCAACAGCAGCAGCAAAACCAAACCUAUACCCAACAGGAAGUUGUUCUGCGACGGCAUUUGGAAAACCGUUCUAACACAGUUCCGACUCCAAAGCAACGGUUUUCCUUCGGACUCGAUCUGACCGAGUGUACGCUUGACUGUUCGAUCGAACUGUGUGAUUCAUCCCUGUCGCUGACCAAACCCGCCCAUCUGAAGUCACCCACAAGCUCACUAACGAAACAGGGUUCGUUCGAGAUGGAUGAAAGUCUCGGCAUCCUAACGCCCGAUCAGAUGAAGGAAUUUCUCGACUCGACCACAACCAACACCAACACAAACAAUACGAAUAACGCAGCAAACGCCGCUGGCCUGGAGUUGCAGCUCAAUACCGGCAUGGGUGGAAGUGGUAGUAAUAAUGGCUCGGGAGUGGCUCAUCAUCAUCACAAGCAUGGAGCAUUACAGCAUCACUGCCGCAUCGAUCAGACGCCUUCGCCCGAGGAGUUGCCACUUGAUCCCGUGGGUGUGAAAACUGACAUGUCGGAUAUUAUGUUGCCAGCGGAGCUAUUGCUGAUAGCAGGUGGCCCCCAACCGUACGGUGGUGGCGUGGGUGGUGGACCGGUCAGUGGUGGUGCGACCGGUGGUAUGAGUGAGUUGUCACAGGCAGACUCUGACCCGAAAACGGAUCAGAUGACAAAGUCGGCCACCUCGUCGAAGGUGUCGAAUAGCUUCAUCACAAGUAUUACGAGCAUUACGAGUCUCGACACGGGCUACCAGGGUGAUGGAGAAAUGUCUCGACCGGCAAGCCGAGGAGCGGAUCAUUCACCGUCGAAUGGUCCGCGCGUAAAGUCGGCCAUCGGUGGAGGCGCCUGGCAACCGAUGAUGGCGGCUGCCGUUGCUGCGGUUCCACGCCGUCAGGAUCCGAUGACUGAUUCCGAUUUUUUCACCGAAAGCGAUGCGGACGACGUUUUCAAUCGGGGCGAUGCUCGACGAGCGCAGAUAAUCGAUGGCCAGCUGUAUGGUGCACCGGGUGGGGCAGGAGGAACGCAGGGUGCGAAUGCCAUAUUCAAUGCGAUCGACGAACAGGACGAUCAGGAUCUGCAACAGCAUCAGCAGCAAAACCACCAUCAUCAGCUGCAUCAAGAUGGCGGGCAAAAUGAGGACUCGUGCAUGGAAUCGAGCGGAAUUUUCACCGACGUAGAAAACCGGGCCGACGAUGAUCUUGUGCAGCGUCGGGCGGAUGAUCAGCAGAAAGCGGAAGCAGCUGCAGAAGCUGCUAGCAACAGUGGCAAUGGGCGUCGCAGUUUCGGCGAUGAUCAGCAGCAAACGGGUGACGACAUGAGCCCGGACGUGUCGACGGACACGAUGAGCAGUAGCAACAGUCAGAACUUUGUGCGUGCCGCCGAACAGCAACAGCUCACGCGACGAGAUGACGAUCUUAACGAAACUUGCAAAUUGUUGGUGCUGGACGAGCGCGAGAAAGAUGUGGCGCGGUACUGUGACGAUGGCAAGUCAAACUUAUCGCAACACAUCGGAGCUUCCCCGAAGGCGAGCGAACAUCACCACUACCACCAGUACGCGAUUACGACGCUGACGGUGAUGAAGUCGGACGGUGAUAUUGGUACCACCGGUGCGAGUAUGACAGCUGGCGCAGCUGGUUCUGCUGGUAGUGGUGGUAGUAGUGGCGUCGUCGUCGGUACAGGGAACGUUGCGCGCCGUUGCGAUGCGGACAGCUUCCACGAUGUCAGUGGCAAGAGAUCGUCCGCGUGCGGCAAUGGUAGUACUAACAGUGCGAGCGGCAACAACGGCAGUAGUAGUGGCACCAGUGCUAGUCGCAAGCAGCACAAAAACGAAUCAAACCGUGGUCUGAGGAAGCAUCAUGCAGCAGUUGCGGAAAUGUCCGCCUCAUCCACAGCCGCGUCGCGUACGGAUCGUUUAGGGAAGGUACGGUUGUUUAAGGAUUCGCCGCAGGACGGAUGCCGCAGUGGUGUUUCGAUCGAGCAGUGCAGUGUGGGUGAUGCGGGUGAUUGUGAUCAAGAAAACAAGCGUCCCAGUGGGGUGGGGGGUAGUGGGGGUACGCGUGGAAGUAGUGGUAGCGGUACCGGUGUGAGUGCACGUGGCGGUGGACCGACAGGAUCCAACUUAAGCUUUGUGAAAAAAUCCAACACCCCGAACAAGUGGGAUGCAGUGAUGAGCAAGAUUGCGGAAAAUAAGUCAGUGAUGAGGCGCAAUUUCAGUGACGUGAAGUCACGCAUUAGCUGUGGCAGUGGUGUGGUCAGUGCAGCAGGUGCUACGAAAGGAGGGUCGGGUGUGUUACGGCGCGACUCGCCCGCAGCAACGCCCGCGACCGGUUCGUUGAAGAGCCCACCGUCCGAGUGUACCAGUGUUGCAAGCCGCAGUUCCGUGCAUGGCAAGCGAACGAUCUCCGGGUCGGUGAAAAGGGGACGUACCCACAGCAAAGACAGCGAACAGAGCUCACUCAGUGAUCUUAGCCUGUCCGGAGGCUCACCGAAACUAGCACUGAAACUGCCCAGCACCCGACCAGCCAAAAAGCGAGAUGUGCGCACAAUUAAUUCUUCAUCCAGCGACCUGGGACCGCCGUCAAAGACGAAUGGUGCACAACCGGCGCGCAGUAGUGCAGCCCGGGCAGCGGCCGCUUUGCAGAAACGUAUAUCUCCCAACAUAACAAACGCCUCGAUUCAGCUUGUGCCGGAGCAGCUGAAGGCAUCGCCACCGUCGAAGCGCAAUAUGCUGCUGAAGCGGAACGGCACGGCCAAUGGAACGCUACCUGCCAAGACACCGCUGAAAGGUAAGCUAGCGGCACAUAUUCUGAAAGAUAAAGAAGCGAACAAGGAAAACAGCAUCAAUGGAGAUCACAACCGUCUCGCUGGAGCAACUCAGACGUCGAAAUCGUCUGCCGCCGCCACGGUCACUAGCAGCACCAACUCACCCAAACCGUUGGGAAAGUCUCUGUUACGGUCCUCUACCGGCACGAGCGCGGUUGCGAUCACGGCGGCGUCUAAUCACCAUUCAACCCCACCGCACCUGCAAAACCAUCACCAGCACGCGGUCAGCAAUGGCAACGGGGUGGCUACAACACCGACCACGACGACGACGGUCAAAGCGAUCCAGCGCAAUGGAACCAUCAUUCUGGACAAAACCAGUUCGCCACUGUUGAUCUGUGAAGCCACCAGCCCGCCGGUCAUCGUCGGUGAGUCAGUCAAAGGAACAGCGCCGGAAAUGGUUAGCCUUCGCAACGGUACAGCCGGUCCGCCGGAGGAACACGGUGUCCGGUCAGCGCAAUCGAAAAUGAUGAUACCAUCCUCCACCUGCACAUUGUCACCGUCAUCGUCCAUACUGACGGCAGGGAAGGAACCGAACUGUGAUCAACCACUGCGCCAGCAUCAACCGACGCGGGAAAAUGGCACGGGUCUGCACCGUGACACGACCCUGAACAUCGAAAGCGUUGGCAAAGGACCCGAGCUGGUCGACAUCAGCUUGCUCAACCAUGCCCAGAAGGGUGUGGAGGCGUUGGGAGUUUUAGUACAAUACUUAGUUUUUAAUUUGGAUGCCUUCUCCUGUCCCACAAUCAAAACGGCACACCAGAAGACCACCGCCGAUCUGCUGGAAACCAAGUCCAUACUCGAUGAGGAGCGCACCAAUAGUCAGACACUGAAGCAGCAGCUUCUGGAAACGACCGAGCGUGAAACAGAGCUACAGGAACUGCACCGCUGUGAACUUAGCAGAGUUGAAACCUGUCUGAGUGAACAGCAGCGCAGUGCCGACGAUCGAAUUGCCGCACUAGAGGCUCAACUACGCGAGAAAGAAUCGCACAGCCGUGAGCUGCUGUCCCGGAUCGAUGGCUACGAAGCAAAGCUGGCCGAACACGAGAAGCAGCUCGAAAGCUCCCGAGCACGGGAACUGGAUCUGCUGCAACGAAUCAACGCGCUCAGCUGUACCGAGAACGAACUCCGCGACAAGGUUCACUCGAGCGAGUUGGCGUUCAGCGAACGACUUCAGGCGGCGGCAAUGCGCGAACGUGACCUAACCGAACAGAUCAACGGGCUGAACCGUGAUCUGGAGCGAAUGCGCCGGGAAACCGAGCGAAAAGAGCGUGAGCUAGAGGAGAAGCUUACCAUCACUAAGGAUGAGUGUGUUGUGCUGCGGCAGAACCGUAAUGGCCCGUUGGAACCGGCCUGUCAAACUGGAGUGACAGUUGGUGGUGCCGGCAGUACGCUAAACCUUUCGGGCAACGGUGGCCAUCCGCUGCAGCUGAACCGAUCGUCUGGCAACAUUAAUCACCUUCAAGUGCUGCAAGAUGAGGUGGACAGUUUGCGGUGUGUGCUCGAUCUGAAGCAGCGCGAAAUUUCCGAACUUCGCAAACAAACGCAGGAGUACGAGCGGGACGCAAAGGAGUUGCCGGGUGCGUUGACGAAAAUUUCCGCCCUCGAAUCACGCAUCGAGGAUCUUGAGGUGCAGCUAAAAACCAAAACAGAGGAAGAGAAGGAACUGCAGCAAAAGUUGAAGCAUUUGCAGGACAACCUGCAUCAGGAAACGAAAAUCAAGAGCCGGCUAUCGUUGCACAACGAAGAACUACAGUGGCGUCUGAAGCAAAACUCGGAAAAGUUCACAAUAGCGUACGCUGAGCUAUCUAAGAGUUACCAUGAAAAUUCGAGCUUCAUGAUGAACGCCACCAAAUCGAGUCUGGAUCAGUCCGCGUCCGCUCACCAUCACCAUCAGCUGAGCCACAAUCAGUCGCGAUCGAGCUGCUCGGAUCGGUUCUUCGAUAUGGACGACAUUUCGCCACCGACCUCGCCAGUCAUUAAGGGAAUGGUGGAGAAAAGUGAUUCUGUUUCGUGGGUGCUAGAAAUAGACGACGAACCGCCGGAGGUUUCUGCUUCCCGUAUGGUGCGUCGGGCGGGUUCGUUCCGUUCGAGCGCCGCCUACGAUUCGGUGGCAAAGCGUCCGAAAUGUUCCGGACUCAACCAAACCGCGAACGGAUCGAUGUUGGGUGAACGGCAUACCGCCGGCAUUCAGCAAUCGAACUCAGCGGCAUCGAUUCUGAAGCAACAUUCGAGUGAUCUGUCAUCGGUGAAACCACCACCAUCGGGCAGCUCCAACAGUCACCGAUUGCGCUCGAAAUCGGUCAGCAUUAAGGCAGCGGAACCACCAAAGAAGAUUGUGCGUUCGAACUCGGGUGCAUCGGCUUCGCCGUGUCCCGGAAUGGCGGGCGUUCCCUGCAAACCAUUGCGUAUGACCGAUAUGCCCGGUUCGUGGAAGGAGCAGCCACUGUACAGUAGUUCGCCAUACGCUCACAAGCGAUACCUGACGGAGGAUAUGGAGCUGGUCGCGUCCGGUUCUGGGAAGCCAUUUGCCGAACAUCAGCUACAUCGGGCGAAAGACUUGUUUCUCGAAGAGACGGAACUUUUGAGCGAACCGGAAAGCCCAUUUGCACGGUGCGCCAAGCUGAACGUGGAGGACAUUGCGAAUCAACCGGUGGAAAUCUUUCACCGCGAUAAAACUCCCAACUUUAAGAAGAGUAAGGAAAAUCGGGGCCUCAUUACCUGCGAUACGACAGCACUGAUGGCGGGCGGAAGUGCGUCAGCGGUAAAAGCCUCCGGCAGUGGAUUGACUGCCCGGGAAAAGCGUCGAGAGUUUACACGCAAAGCGAAUCUGGCCGGUGGAACGAUCCUGAAGGAGGGAGCCGGUGAAGCGCUAGUGUCCGGUUCAAACUCGGACGAUGAAGCACUCUCUACGUCAUCGGCAUCGUCUUCUUCGUGCAUUUCGGAGGGCAGCCUAUCGUCCGCCGCGGGUAGCAGUAAUAGCAGCCACGACAAUAGUCCACUGCACAGUGGCAAGCGUAGCAGUGAUCGGAUGAACAACGACGAUGACACGGUGGAAGGGGUUGCGAACUCGUCGGAGGACCAGCAUCCAUCGCAGCAUCGACGGCGCCAUUCAAACGUGUCGCUUGAGGACGCACUAAUGAAGAAGAUUGUGGCCAGCCUGAACGGUGACAAUGGGACGGAUGGGAACAAUACGCCGAUGGAGGUUAGCUGGUCGGAAGAUGGUGAUCCGGGUUCGGAAUCGAACGUAUGACAUGAUGACGACAGUUUCUAAGUGACAGUGCUCGUUAGGGUGUUAAGGAAUGCGGCAAAAGUGGACGUGAUGGGAGGU